AUGAACUCUCCUAUCAUUACCAUACCUGCCCCCAGGGACACAGGACACGGGGGUAAGGCCUGCCUCUUCCUGUUUGACCACAACUCCUCCACCAAUCCCUGGCCUAUGUGGAUGGGUGUGAUCCAAGGCUAUGAGAUUGAGUUUAUCUUUGUAAUGCUGCUGAACAGCACCCUGGGAUACCUGGAGGAGGAAGUGGUCAUGAGCAGGAGGAUGAUGAAGUGCUGGGUCAACAUGGGUAGGACCAGGUGAGAUAGACCUCAUUUAGAUAUUAUAUAGACAUGGUUGAGACCAGGUGAGAUAGACAUCAUAUAGAUAUUAUAUAGACAUGGUGGAGACCAAGUGAGAUAGACCUCAUAUAGAUAUUAUAUAGACAUGGCUGAGACCAGGUAAGAUAGACCUCAUAUAGAUAUUAUAUAGACAUGGUUGAGACCAAGUGAGAUUGACCUCAUAUAGAUAUUAUAUAGACAUGGUUGAGACCAGGUGAGAUAGACCUCAUAUAGAUAUUAUAUAGACAUGGUUGAGAACAGGUGAGAUAGACCUCAUAUAGAUAUUAUAUAGACAUGGUUGAGACCAGGUGAGACCUCAUAUAGAUAUUAUAUAGACAUGGUUGAGACCAGGUGAGAUAGACCUCAUAUAGAUAUUAUAUAGACAUGGUUGAGACCAGGUGAGACCUCAUAUAGAUAUUAUAUAGACAUGGCUGAGACCAGGUGAGACCUCAUAUAGAUAUUAUAUAGACAUGGUUGAGACCAGGUGAGAUAGACCUCAUAUAGAUAUUAUAUAGACAUGGCUGAGACUAGGUGAGACCUCAUAUAGAUAUUAUAUAGACAUGGUUGAGACCAGGUGAUACCUCAUAUAGAUAUUAUAUAGACAUGGCUGAGACUAGGUGAGACCUCAUAUAUAUAUUAUAUAGACAUGGCUGAGACUAGGUGAGACCUCAUAUGGAUAUUAUAUAGACAUGGCUGAGCCCAGGUGAGACAUCAUAUACUGUUGUCCUCUGUAGCUCAGCUGGUAGAGCACGUCGCUUGUAACGCCAAGGUAGUGGGUUCGAUCCCCGGGACCACCCAUACACAAAAAAUGUAUGCACGUAUGACUGUAAGUCGCUUUGGAUAAAAGCGUCUGCUAUAUGGCAUAUUAUUAUUACUAUAUAUACAAAAGUAUGUGGACACCCCUUCAAAUUUCUGAAUUUGGUUAUUUCUGCCAUAACCAUUGCUGACAGGUGUAUAACAUCGAGCACACAGCCAUGCAAUCUCCAUAGACAACCAUUGGCAGUAGAAUGGCCAUACUGAAGAGCUCAGUGACUUUUAACAUGGCACCGUCAUGGGAUACCACCUUUCCAGCAAGUCAGUUCGUAAAAUGUCUGCCCUGCUAGAGCUGCCCCGUCAUCUAUAAGUGCUGUUAUUGUGAAGUGGAAACAUCUAGGCGCAAACAACAAUGGCUCAUCCACGAAGUGGUAGCCUACACAAGGUCAGAGUAUGGGACCGGCGAGUGCUGAAGUGCGUAGUGCGUAAAAACCGUCUGUCCUCGUUUGCAACACUCAUUACGAAGUUCCAAACUGCCUCUGGAAGCAACAUCAGCACAAUAACUGUUCGCUGGGAGCUUCAAGAAAUGGGUUUCCAUGGCUGAGCAGCUGCAAACAAGCCUAAGAUCACCAUGCGCAAUGCCAAGCGUCGGCUGGAGUGGUGUAAAGCUCGCCGCCAUUGGACUCUGGAGCAGUGGAAACGCGUUCUCUGGAGUGAUAAAUCACGGCUCUCUAUCUGGCAGUCCGACAGAUUAAUCUGGGUUUGGUGGACGCCAGGAGAACGCUACCUGCCCCAAUGCAUAGUGCCAACUGUAAAGUUUGGUGGAGGAGGAAUAAUGGUCUGGGGCUGUUUUUCAUGGUUGGGACUAGGCCCCUUAUUUCCAGUGAAGCGAAAUCUUAACGCUACAGCAUACAAUUAUAUUCUAGACAAUUCUGUGAUUACAACUUUGUUUCAACAGCUUGGGGAAGGCCCUUUCCCGUUUCAACAUGACAACGCCUCCGUGCACAAAGCGAGGUCCAUACAGAAAUGUUUUUUUGAGAUCGGUCUCGAACACCUUUGGAAUGAAUUGGAAUGCCAACUGCAAGCCAGGCCUAAUCACCCAACAUCAGUGCCCGACCUCACUAAUGCUAUUGUGGCUGAGUGGAAGCAAGUCCCCGCAGCAAUGUUCCAACAUCUAGUGGAAAGCCUUCCCAUAAGAGUGUAGUCCGUUAUAGCAGCAAAGGGGGAAACAACUCCAUAUUAAUGCCCAUGAUUUUGGAGAUGUUCGAUGAGCAAGUGUCCACAUACUUUUGGUCAUGUAGUGUGUAUAUAUAUAUAUAUAUAUAUAUAUAUAUAUAUAUAUAUAUAUAUAUAUAUAUAUAUAUAUAUAUAUAUAUAUAUAUAUAUAUAUACUGAACAAAAAUAAAAGCGCAACAUGCAAAGUGUUGGUCCCAUGUUUCAUGAGCUGAAAUAAAAUAUCCCAGAAAUGUUCCAUACACACCCCAAAAAUAUUUAUCUCAAAUUUUGUGCACACAUUUGUUUACAUCCCUAUAAGUGAGCAUUUCUCCUUUGCCAAGAUAAUCCAUCCACCUGACAGGUGUGGCAUAUCAAGAAGCUGAUCAUUAGACUGGUGCACCUUGUGGUGGGGACAAUAAAAGGCCACUCUAAAAUGUGCAGUUUUGUCACACAAGCCAAUGCCACAGGUUUUGAGAGAGCUUGCAAUUGGCAUGCUGACUGCAGGAAUGUCCACCAAGGCUGGUACCAGAUAAUUGAAUGUUCAUUUCUCUGCCAUAAGCCACUUCCAACGUCGUUUUUGAGAAUUGGUAGUACGUCCAACCGGCCUCACAACCGCAGCCCACUUGUAACCACGCCAACCCAGGACCUCCACAUCCGGCUUAUUCACCUGCGGGAUUGUCUGAGACUAGCCACCCGGACAUCUGAUGAAACUGAGGAAUAAAGCACUUUUAUGGGGAAAACAUAUUUCGAUUGGCUGGGCCUGGCUCCCCAGUGGUUGGGCCUAUGCCCUUCCAGGCCCACCCAUGGCUGCGCUCCUGCCCAGUCAUGUGAAAUCCAUAGAUUAGGGCCUAAUGAAUUUACUUAAAUUGACUGAUUUCCUUAUAUCAACUGUAACUCAGUAAAAUCUUUGAAAUUGUAUAUAUAUAUAUAUAUAUAUAUAUAUAUAUAUAUAUAUAUAUAUAUAUAUAUAUAUAUAUAUAUACACAGUGUAUUUGGAAAGUAUUCAGACCCCUUGACUUUUUCCACAUUUUGUUACAUUACAGCCUUAUUCUAAAAUGGAUUAAAAAAAAGAUAUAAAUCAAUCACUAAUUUACGACAGAGUGUUAAGGUGUAUUAUAUCUUGGUGACUCAUAUCAGUUUAGCAAAUGGCUGACAACAAACAGACCCCCCCCCCCCCACCCCCCCUUCUGUGGGUGAGAGGGUCUGUUUGUUGUCAGCCAUUUGCUAAACUGAUAUGAGUCCUUUGAUCCUCAGCCAGGAGAGUCAUGACAGUACUGUGUGUAGAUUGAUGAGGAAACAAUAUAAUUUAAUCCAUUUUAGAAUAAUGAAUGUAACGUAACAAAAUGUGGAAGGGAAGGGGUCUGAAUACUUUCCGAAUGCGCUGUAUAUAUAUAUAUAUAUAUACAUACAUUUUACAUUUUAGUCAUUUAGCAGACGCUCUUAUCCAGAGCAACUUACAGUUAGUGAGUGCAUACAUUUAAAAAACAAAUAAAUUCAUUCUGGCCCCCCGUGGGAAUCGAACCCCCAACCCUGGCAUUACAAAUGCCAUGCUCAACCAACUGAGCUAAGUCAGUGUAAAGUUUCUCUCUGACAUAAUUGGUUGGUUGUUGUAUUUUCCCUGGCAGGAACCCAAGCGUAGAGGAAGGGGAUUGGCCACUUUUCACCCUGGACCAACAGGAAUACAUCUCCCUAAACUCCUCCCCACCACACACUCAAAGGAGGCUUACAACUAAUCAGUGCCAGUUCUGGAACAACUUCCUCCCCAAACUGCAGGACGUCACUGGUGAGAACACACACAGGCACACACAUACGCAAGUGUGACGGCCAUGUCAGGCUACGCAUCAAAAAUAUCCUUUCUUCUUAUGCAAGUUAACCUUGCACAUAGUGGGCAGGGAGUGGGUGAUGCUGCAUCAGGGCCCUCCAGGGGCCUCUGAUGCCUAA